CAGCAGCCCUGUCAAAUCACAACGGGGUGACGCAGAGGCAGAGGAUUUACAUAAAAGUCCUCCGAGGACUCUUUUUAACGUCUAAAAGUGUCGGUAUUCGCGGUAAACCGGCGCGGAGACACUUUAACGUCGCCGUUAUGAGACGUUGUGACAGUUUACUAACGUCUGCCGGAUGUUUGGAGUAAACAAAAACAACAAAAAGUCCGUUUUUUUUCAGCUGAGAGGCGCACGGGACCAGCCGGGGACUCUACGGGGAUUUUAACGACUCAUUCACAACUUUAUUCGGUCGGUUGUCGAGGGAUGUGACUCUACCGAACACGGUUGGACCUGUUAACGUGUACAUUUAACCCGGGAUUAAAGCCACUUUACUCGACUCCGCUCGCUCGGUAAUUCACCAUGUUGGCGACGAACACGGCGCUUUACGCGGCGAAGAAACGGAAGAAGCCGGUCCAGAAAAUUCCCAAACCACCACCUCCUGAUGGCACUAAGUCCAACCCCUCCAAACGCCACAGAGACCGCCUCAAUGGCGAGCUGGACAAGCUCACCAGCCUGCUGCCCUUCACCGAGGAGGUCAGGGCUCGGCUGGACAAGCUGUCCGUGCUCCGCCUCAGCGUCGGAUACCUGAAGGUCAAGAGCUUCUUCAACGCCACCAUGAAGAAGGGCCAGAACGGCUCCAGCUGGACCAGCGAGCGGAGCCGGAUGUUCGGGGGGAGCGUCCAGAACGCGCUGCCUUCAUCCUCUACAACCUCCACUCCCUCCUCCUCCUCCUCCCUGGCCUCCGCCUCCCAGGUGACAUCCAUCGACGGAGUCAGCUUCUCCGAGGGAGACCUGCUGCUUCAGGCGCUGAACGGCUUCGUGUUGGUGGUGACGGCCGAAGGCUACGUCUUCUACACAUCCCCCACCAUCCAGGACUUCCUCGGCUUCCACCAGUCGGACGUCGUCCAUCAGAGCGUGUUUGAGCUGAUCCACACAGACGACCGAGCUCUGUUCAGACGGCAGCUUCACUUCGCUCUCAACCCAAAUCACAGCCACAAAGAUGGCACCGUGGAGAGUCCCAGUGAUCAGAGCUCUGCAGAGGUCACCAGCAACCUGAUGACCUACGACCCGCUGGCCAUCCCUCCAGAAAACUCGUCCUUCCUGGAGAGAAACUUCUGCUGUCGUUUCCGCUGCCUGCUCGACAACUCUUCAGGCUUCCUGGCCCUGAACUUUCGCGGCCGGCUGAAGUUGAUCCACGGUCAGAACCGGCUUUCAGAGGACGGGACGUUGGUUCCCCCGCAGCUCGCUCUGUUCUCCAUCGCCACGCCGAUGCAGCCGCCGUCCAUCCUAGAGAUCCGCACCAAGACGCUCUUCUUCCAGACCAAACACAAGCUGGACUUCACUCCCAUGGGCAUCGACACAAGAGGGAAGGUGGUUCUGGGCUACAAUGAGAUAGAGCUCUGUAUGAAAGGUUCAGGCUACAACUUCAUCCACGCUGCAGACAUGAUGUACUGCGCCGACAACCACGUCAGAAUGAUAAAAACAGGAGAAAGUGGUUUCACCGUCUUCAGGCUGCUGACCAAAACCGGGAAGUGGGUCUGGGUCCAGGCCAACGCCAGGCUGGUCUUUAAAGGAGGGAAACCAGACUUCAUCGUGGCCCGGCAGAAAGCUCUGACAAAUGAAGAAGGAGAAGAACAGCUGCGCCUCCGUCGGCUGCAGUUGCCGUUCAACUUUGCCACCGGGGAGGCGAUGCUGUAUGAUGUAACUCCGACCAUCGACGCCCCUGACCCGUGCUCCGCCCCCAAGCAGAGGAAGUUGGACACCUUCUCCGUCAGCCCCAACUCCAUGCUGGGCUGCAUGCUGAAUCAGGACCAGUCGAUCUACUGUGAACACAACAAUGCCAACACCCUCAACUCCCUCAACGAUGUCGCCUUCAAGGACAGCCACGCUACAGUCAACGUUCCUGGAGACGUUUGGUUGGAUGCCUCGCCCAAACCCGGUGUGGGAAGCCUGGUGAAGUCCGAGGCCUCAGUUCAGGACAUGAUGGACACCCUGCAGCAGAUCCUCGGAGACAACGAGCUCACCGAAGCCCUGGAUGUGGGGCUGGACGAGCUGAAGAGCUGGGAGAGUACCCUGCUGAAGAUGAGCACCAACAGCGCCGAGAUAAGCGAAGACCUGAACGACAUUCUCAGCAACGACAUCCUGUCUUAUGUAGAGGAGCAACUCCAGAGGGAGGGCGGCCUCAAGUUGCCAGAUCAGUUGGAUGACAUACCACCCUGCCUCUCCACGCUGGACCUUCAGAACCAGAAUCCUGACCACGGUGGAGAGCAGAACUUCGGCUGGCCUCUGGAGCCCCAAAACCAAGCAAGACAGCUGACUACCAUGGGGAUGAUGAAACUGACCCACAUGGAUCUUCCUCAGUUGGGUUCUUCUGGACUAAACGGUCCAACCCUCCAGCAAAUUGUCUCACAGCAAUCUGUUGGUCUUCAGCUGGGCACCACAGGCAACAUUGGCGCUCCAGUUACCUUCAACCCUACCAUGGCGGACUCUUGCGGUCAAACCCAGAACCAACUGAGAACCUUACAAGUCACUGCCAAGGACAACAACCUCGGAGCAUUCUCGCUCGGGCAAACUUCAACCAAUCAGAUUCAACCUAAUCAAAUGGCUCAACUAACGCAGAACCAACUUCAGAUGAGGAUGCCCAGCCAGCCACUCUGCCUCCAGGACCAAAGCGUAAAUCCCAUAUUCAGCUUUCAGGGCAACCAGUGGAAGUCUGCGGUCCCCAACUCAAACCAAGCCAACAACUUUGUAGAAACUUUCCCCCAAAAUAUUUCAAGCGAACCAGGUUAUACUGCAGAUCCUUCCUCAUCUAGCUGCCUACAAGGCCACUUACCACUUCAGACACAAGACAACAAGACUCAGAGACCGUCCUGGCCGCAGGGGCAGCAGCAACAGCAACAGCAGAUGAUCUCAAGUGAACACCAACAAGUGGGCGCCUGCCUCAACCAAAUGUCAGGAUUUCAGAGGAAUCCCGUUUCUGGUGCCAUUGUGGCCCAGACCUCUGUCAACGGCAGGCCGAUGUUCAGGACUCUCGACACUUCAAAUGUACCGUAUCCUGUGCAGCAGAACAUUGCGCCGCCUCUGGCACCUUCUAGCAGUUGUAUGUUCAGAAAUGCCCCGCCCUCUGUGCCUGUAAAUGGCGUGCACCUCAGUCAGCCGCCCUCCUGCCAAAGACUGAACAGCACCAGCAGCCAGAUCCCCUCCAAGUCCUCCUGUUUCUAUCAGAGUCUCCCCGGAGGCGGAUCUGUGCCGGGGCUGACGGCUAUCCCGAAUCCUGAUGAGGCAGCGCUGUCCUGCCAAAUGGCCACUGGUCUUGACUCGGAAGUCCUGUUGGUGCAACAACAGCAGUACUUAAACUUCAGUGAACAGACGCAGAUCAACAGCUGUCCAGUUGUAGGGAACGGAGGUUUCCCCUUCUCCUUGCUGCCCAAUGGGAACACAUACUACUCAGAGAACAAAUAGGAAUCUGUGACUGGGACUUCAGGACGGCAGGGGAUCCCAAAUCGGACUGAAACGGCAGUUUAUAGGAAGCAGAAGACUCCUGUCUCUAAACAUAAAAGUAGAUUAGACUGAAGAAUGCCCGAGAAGGACAAAGAGACGAAACAGGACGCUUUUUUUUUUUUCUUCUUAUUCAGACAAAGGUGAUGAAAGCUUUAAGAGUUCAAGUGUUUGGUUCAGGACGGCUGUUGGAGGAAGAGAAGAGCUGGUUGGAUUGUACCAAAAAAACAAUAACAGAUGAACGAAAUCAGUAAUUUGUUUUGUGAAAUCGUGAUCAAGUUUGAGAAACUCUAACACAAGUAAGUCUGGCAAAGUGAGUUUGUUUGUGAUGUUUUUUCUGCCACGUUGAUAGAUGAAAGUUUAAAUCAGCCAAUCAUGCAACAGCACUGUCCCUCUUUUUCCCAUGACUGCAUUCUUGCAUCAGAUAAGUGGCUAUUAUUCAUCUGUUUAUAAGUGGGCAUAUUUAGAUGUAUGGGAGUCAAAAAGGCUUUAUGGACUACAUGAGAGACCGUCCCGGAUGCUUCCCCUGUGCGCUUCUCUUUAUCGGAGGUGAGGAAGUGAACCAGCUCUCAGUCCACAUCCUUGACGUCUUGUAAAAGCAGCUCAUUCUGUAUGCAAACACUUUGGACAAAGCCUAAAUCUCGGUUCACACAGGCGACAGUGAAUUCCUGGCUAAAGCAACAACAGCGCAGCGAUUCUCUGCGAAAACAUCGUGCUACUUUAUGGAAGCAUCGGAGAGGACCAAGCUAACAGAGAUCAGCGCCCGAUCGGCCCGUUUAUGGCAUGCUGCUCAGGAUUUGAGCAGAACAUAAGGAUUUAUAGAGAGAGUGAAGUUGAUUUGAUGGAGUGGUGAUCGUGUUAUUGAGCGGUUCUACGGGCUCAGACAGAUCAGACAUCGUCUUUAAGUCUUGAAGGAUGUGGACUGAGCAAGUGGUUUGAUGAAUCCUCGUCUGGUUCUCACCUCUGAGCCAUUAAGGGGGAAGCAUCCACAACCGUCUCCCCAGCAGUGGACUGUCAAUCCUCUGCCGUCACGGACCCACAAACACGCACUCUACUCCCUGAACAUCUGUUUCCUGUCGCGAGCGCUCAGAAGGAUAAAGUUUAUCUACUUUUUUGAAUUUAUUUGCUGUUUUUGUCCUUUUGGAAAUGCGUCUUGAUUAAGUUCAUUUCAACUCUUUACUGUCCCAGCGAGGGAGAUUUGCUUUGCAGACAGGGUAUAGAAAUAAAAAACGCACAACAUCACAAGAUCAUCCUACUAACAGACGAUUGUUAAGAUUUAAACGAGAGAUGAUUCAGUGAAAACCGCUGCUUUUUAGUGCCUCUUUUAUAUAUUUUAAAAUCAUUCAGAGCUUUUGUCAUUGAGCCAGUUUUGUUUUCGUUUUUCUUUUCCUUUAAUAUUUCUGUGUUGUUUUCCUGUUUUAGGGGAGAAAAAUCAUAGACAGUGCCUUAAACUGACAGACUUUAAAGGGACGGUCUGUUGACACUUUAAAACAUUUCCACCGGGAAUAUUCGCAGGAAGGUGUAAACUAGAUUUCACAUACGACUGAAAACCAAAGUUAAACUGGCCCUAACUUCACCCAGCCAGUGGUUGAGAUGUUUUUCUUGCACUGUUCCUUUUAAAGUGUUUGCCAAAGCAUAAUUCACAGAUCCUCCGUCUGACAGCACGAUAAGAGCUUUAGUACAAGAACAGAUCCCUCAACCGAGUGUUCACAACAUUUGCACAAAUUUAGAUGAUUUUAGUUAUUUAACUGACUGGAUCCUCGAGAUUUUAUACAUAUUGGAUCAUAAAUGGAUAAUUUGAUUAGAACUUAAAUGAAUAACAUUUUACAGAUGGACCCAGACGGAGAGUCAACGCGCAGCAAACCGCCUUCAGAUUCUCUUUUUAAGUAGGACUGGGUGAACCUGAACCUGAAAGGCCAGGAUGUCUCUCUGAGAGUGGACGCUUUAUUCAGAUUUUCCACAACUAAUUUCCGUCCUCUUCCUCUUUUCUGUUUCUGUCUUUGUGGUUAAUUUAUCGGCGUUCUUGCUCGGACCGGGAGUGUUGACGACCGUCCGGCAGCGAAACGCAGAAGUAAAACGGUUCAAGGCAGCUAAUGUAUAUUUUAAAUGAGGAGCAAAAAAUGAACACUUCAAUUUGAAAGUUUAAAAAAAAAAAAGGGUGUGGAAACUUCAAAUGCCUUUUAAUUGACCUCUUUUUGAUUGUUGAUUGUAGUAAACAACACGAUUCAGCACUUAGAUGGAGGAGAAACGCCUCAAACUGCAAGAAGUGUGCGUCGCUUCAUCCAGUACUGAGCCAUGAAACAUGAGUCCAAGCGAGCCUUCGUGUCGCUCGUUAUCAGCACUUCUGUACUUUAAAAAAAUAAAGAAAUCUCCUAGAAUAAGUCGUUUUCAGAUGAUUUUUAGAAGCCGCAAAAGUCAAAAGUGGUGUCAGCAAACUUGAAUAUUUGACUUAAAUACCAAAAAGAAGUCAGUAAAGCCAUCUGUGAUGCUUUAUCCUCGAGGAUACCAAAGGGACGAGACACGAUGCAGAUCUACAGACCAGAACGAUUGUAGAUGUGUGGAAAUGUUUUGAUAUUCACAGACUAGAAUUAUGCUGCGUUCAUGUCAUAAGGAAGUUUCCGUAAUUAACAGUUUCUUGUAAAUAGUGUUCAUCAACAUCCUGGAGAAACUCAGGACACUCUGGAAAAGACAAACAAAUAUGGACGUCUGACGUUCAGCAUCAUAAAAGCCACGUUUUAUUGGUGAAGUGUUACAUUAUCAGAGCACAGUAUUUUUAACUUCCACAAGACCAACUCUACAAUCUCCUCCAAUGAAUUACAGCUUAAACAAUCAGUCGUUUCAGUCAUUUUUUUAACCAAAAAUAAGUGCUUUUGUUUGUCACAUCGUCGUUAACUGAUGAUAUUUGUGUUUCAGACUGUUGGUCAAACAGAACAAGACGUUUUCAAGAUGCUGGGUAGUUACAAUGGUCAUUGUUUCACUAUUUUUUGACAUUUUAUAGACUAGCAAUUUAUCUAUUAAUUGUAAAAAAUAAUCAUCAGAUUUAUAAAAUAAUGGAUAAUGAAAAUAUUCCGUCUUUACCAGGUCUGCCUAAUAGCCACAACUGCAGUCUGUAUCAUUUAUAUGUCCGAUAUAUCCGCACUGUAAAAACUGUUGAGACUGAUUGCAUCGAACAUUUUAAAUAAAACUCAAUUUUAUACGUUGAAAAACAUUAUUGAUCAAGUAUCUUUAAUCAUUUUAAGUGACGCUGACUUUUUUUUUGUGCUGUGAAAACAAAACACCUGGUAAAAAGUCAUUAAUCAGGAAUGUCAACAGAACAAAGUUAGUGUCACUUUUCUAACUUAGAAAACGUAGUUUGUGUUAUUUAAAAUGUUCGAUAUAAUCCGUUUGAACAACUGCUUUGGGUUAAAAUAACUUAACUGCAUUAUAAUCUCUGGUCUGGAGGUUGACAGAUUGAUUCUGUACAGUACGUACUGCACACUAAUCGUCACACAGCAGCUAAAACUGUAUGCAAACAAAAAUCUGCAUACUUAAUCUAUACUAACAGGAAGACUUGUGCCUCUUGUCUGGUUUGAGCGUGCUCACAGUGUACCAAGUGUAGAGUUAGUGCGUACGGGUCGUACGGAUUCGGGACACGCCGUAUGAUUUGAACGCUGCAUGCAGCAACAACCUGCCCCGUUCUCUUGGCGUUGUUGAAAGGCAUUCUGGGUAAUGUAGUGAACCACUAACUGCAGUAUAAAGUAAAGGAGGGUUGCUUUAAAGCUUACUGUGGAUGUGUUUGUGGACUUUGACUUUUUGUUGGUGCUUUUAGUCGCUAAAACAAAAUCACCAGGUGAGCCUUAAACAGCAGAUUUACCCAAAGUCAUCACAGAUGGUCGACUCAGUACAAAAGGAAGUGUGUGAUUGUUCGCACCUUCACGCCUCUUCUCCUCUUCAAAAUCCAUCGAAAAUAUCGUAUAGAAAUAUAAAUAUAAUAUUGUUGCUCGCUUCUAGAUUAAAAAGUAAAAAAAAAAAAGCCUUUGUACUUAUUAUACUUAUAUUUUUCAAACCCCAGGUGGCCGAGGCUCCAAAUUGCAGUAUCUUUGUGUAUCUGUAUACAAAUAUAUAUAUUUGUCUCCUUGUUUUCCUUUUUUAAAAUAUGUAUUGUCCUAUAUAAUGCAUUUUAAUGUUGUAUUGCCUUAACCUGACUCACGCCUGUCAUUUUUUUGUACAUCUUCUGCACAGCUUAAACAUAUGUAACCUCUUGUUAUGAUGUUUUCUUUUGUAACUUUUCAAUUUAUCAUAAUUUGUCUUCAAUAUUUUGCCUCUCUCAGUGUAUGAGUGAAUCUUUUCAUGCUGACCAUAUUAAAGGUGAUCUGAUCACACAAA